GACAAUCCUUUUUCGAAAUUUGAUAGAUGAUGUCCUAUUGUUAAUAAAGAAAAUUAAAAAAAAAACUUUAUCUUGUGAUCUGAUAAAAUUUUAAAUAUAUAAUAUUGGAUUGGAAAUAUAAUACCCGACUUCUACAAAAGAAUAUUUAUAAGAAGAGGACACAUGGUAGAAAGUUUGAAAAAUUGCCUCUUCGAUAAAAACCAUGGGUUGAGCUUUGAUAUUGAAAACUAUGAACAUGUAUCGGUCAGGAAACGUAGAAUGCACGUUGAAAAGAUUAUAGAAAGCCUAAACCUGAAAAAGCACCCAAAAGAAAAUGGGUAUUCAAAAGAAAUAUUCAGAUCCAAAUUAUACGUAGAUUAUCCUCCAUCGAACGAAAAAAGAAAUUUUUGCGCCGGAUUAUAUUACCUCUUGUCAGGGCGGGAUUAUUCGCCUUGGCAUCGACUAAAAAAUUCUGAAUCUCUAUGGAUGUAUCAUUCCGGAUCCACUUUAAAUAUUUACAUGCUUUCAAUCGAGGGUGAAUUUGUAUUGAAAAAAUUGGGUAAUAAGAUGGCUACCAGAGACCCCCUAGCAAAUUACCAGGUUUAUAUUCCAGCAAAUAUUUGGUUCGCAUGUGAGGUUGAGGAUAAGACAAGUUAUUGCCUGGCUACUAUUACUAUCUCACCAAGCUAUGAGGAGGAGGAAUUUGAAAUGAGUUCUCAAGAAGAACUAUAUAAACUUUAUCCGAAACAAAAAGAGUUGAUCCAAAGGUUCUUCAGGACAACACCAAUGAUAUUAGAUAAAUCAGAGAGUUUGCUAGAUCCGGAAGAAUUUAAUGAACAAAAUUGCCUGGAAAUGCAGAAUGGUGUCAAAGAAAAGGACGAAGACAUUCUAACCAUGCAAAACGUGGAUUCUAAUUAUGAUUCUCACGAAUCAAGCCUAUACAAUGGAGAACCUAGAUCAAAUGGAAUAAGUCACGUUGAAGAUGACACGUCGCAUAUAUCACUAAAUGGAAAAUUCAACGGUAUAUCACCUAAAUGUUCUAAUGAUAAAGAAAUCGAUAGUAAUGUUUUCCAAUUCACAAGCCAACAAGAGGAUGAUGGAAUAGAAGAGCUAGAUGAACCAUUAAAGAGUGAAGAAACAUCUGAUUCCCGUCUAACGAGAUAACAUAGACUUUGAUAAGCCUAAAUAUGUUAAAGGGGUUAAAAUGACUUCUCAGAUUAACCGCUGAUCUUAAUAAUAUUAUGAAGGGGUAGAUUAUACAAUAUGAAUAUAAACCUUACAUGAAAUAUACAUAUUUACUUUCGUAAUAAGUUAUUAAUUAAAUUACUAAUUAAACGUUAAUAAAUAUAUGUUAAACAUUUUUAUUUAAUUAUUAUAUGGUAGUAAUAUAAAAUUUACACUUUUAACUAAUUAUUCAGAUAUAUCCGCUUUGUCUGUAAAUAAAUAUAUAAUCAAAUUAUAUUAAUCAAAUAAUACAUUUUAUUUUAUUACACGAACUUUAUGAUUUAUUUGUUGAAAAACUCGAAAUUUUUUUAAUAUAACGCGCGUGACAUUAUUAGCCUUUAAAAGUUCUUAAAUGUACCAAGGCCAAGGUUUUGUAAAAAAUUAUAUUAUAUUUAGGCCCGAUCCGGAUCGGGAUUGUUUUUUAAAAUCGAAUUAUGUCCAAAAUUUUACCCUAACUCUCUCAA